AUGCUGAUGAGUUCAGUAUACAUCCAAGAAGUCCACUUGGGCGUCAAAGUGAUUGCAAAAGUUGCGACAAGGCCAGGGCUCGGGCGGAAUGCCCAGAAGUUUCUGGGCCUGGCCGGCGUGAAUGAUCAAAGUGCCUACUCCAUAGGAGAGCCCACUUUCUUUGAGGUUUGCACUCUAGCUGCCGGGUGCGAGCGAGCUGUUGAACGAGGUGUCCCCUUGGGAUAUCACUGGGCGUCUCAGCUGCGGUUUACCCUGGCAGACCUUGGCAGCAGCCCCGACCGAAUCAAGUUCUCUCCGCAGGAGCAUGCUGUUGCGGGCGACUCUGUGUUGAACCUGUACGACCCGAUCCGCCAGCCGCUUCCAGGCGCUCCUUCCGCAGUUUGUUCGGAGGCACAACAGAACACCUUUUCUCACACACCAUCGCCGCAGUCCCGGGCCUGCGGGAGCUUCCUCUUCAAGACGAUAGCGCGGCUGCUCUUUUCCACCCAAGCGGAAUCGUUCUCCGUGGCCCCUAUCAUAAAUGCGUCACAUGCUCGACCACGUCACGACCGCCGAUCUGUCCUUGAGUUCUGCUCAAUCCUCAGAGGACGAUAAGGCCCCUGUCGAGGAGCAGGCUGCGGCCGACAAGGGGCGCUACACGGAAGCCCUGCGCAAUACGAAAAGAACAAGAAGCAAGAG